AUGGUCUCUACUUUUGAUGAACUCGUUCUUACCAUAAAGGAAUACCCUUUUGACGUCGUUACCAUGUCCGAGACCUGGUUAAAGAACAAUUCACUCUUAUUACAACAUGUUACUAUACCAGGCUACAGUUGUGAAUUUCGAAAUCGUGAGUCGGUAAAGGGGGGUGGAGUUGGAGCGUAUAUUAAAGAGUCUGUAAAGUACAAGCGAAGGACUGAUAUUGAAGCCAAAGAACCAGACCUGGAACACCUAUGGCUAGAGUUCUUAGGACGCAACAAGAACAACAAGUUACUGUUAGGAAUCAUGUAUCGUUCAAAUAAAAUUCUUACACCAACAACUUGGCUUGACAGUGUCGAGAAUUUAUUUAGUUAUUUAACUACAUCCUGGAAUGGCCAGCUUCUUGUUACAGGCGACAUGAACAUAGACCUCAUGCCCACGCCAUUGAGCAAACAGUACCUUGAUAUGCUUCUGUCUUUAAACCUUCACCAGCAUGUAGGAAAGCCCACAAGAACCACUAAUAGGUCUUCUACACGCAUUGACCACAUUAUCUCCAACACUCCUGAACGGACUGCUUUCACGGAUGUCCUUCCAUGUCCUCUCCUCAGCGACCAUGAUGCAGUGUAUGCUUGCAUAAGCAUUAAGGUAACACGUUUUCAACCAAGGUAUAAAUGUAUAAGAGAUGAACGCCACUUUGAUGAAUCAAUAUUUAGAGAAGAUUUUUCUAAGUUACCUUUCAGCAUCAUCAAUGCUUUUCCUGAAACGGAGGAAAAGCUUGACAUUCUGAAUUCUCUAAUUACUGGUUGUAUCGAUCGUCACGCUUCACUUAAACGUGUGAAUGUAACACGUCCACCGGCGCCUUGGAUGAAGGAUCCAUCUAUACAGCUACUCCAGGAACAAAGAAAUGCUUUACGAGCAGCAGCCCGCAAGACUGGGGAUAGCCAAACACGCGCUAUUCUGCGUGAAACCCGCAAUGAACUCAAGAAAAAGAUUAGAACUGCAAAGAAAUCCUUCAUCCAGAAAGCCCUAUCAUCAAAGAAAACUAAGGCUGUGUGGAAGAUUAUUCGUCGCGUGCUUCAUCGAAAUCCUCAGCGAAUCAACUUUGAUCCCGAUAAGUUGAACACUCAUUUUGCCAGUACAGCCGAACGUAUUGCCGGCAUAUCCUACGACGAAAAUGACUCGCCUGAAAGUAUCAUCAACUUAAUAGAAUCACUGCCACCAAAUUCCCCUGAUGCGUGUGACAUUAGACUCGUCCACCAAAAUGAAGUCUUCCAAGAACUCCGCAACCUCCGAACCGACAGUUCAAGUGGUUCUGAUCAAAUUCCGGCCAAGCUGGUUAAAAUGGUUGCAGAAGAUCUGGCUCCACCAUUGGCAAACAUCAACUCCUGCAUUGGUCUGCGAUCAUUCCCUGCUGCCUGGAAAAUAGCACGAAUCUGCUCCAUCCCUAAAACGAACGUAUCAGCGAGUGAGGACGACUUUCGACCCAUAUCCGUUCUUCCAGUUCUUUCGAAGGUUUAUGAACGAUUGAUCUUCCGUCAGCUCGCCCAACACAUCGAUGAAAACAGUGCCCUGUAUGACUCGGUAUCAGCUUACCGUAAAGGCCAAUCCACUAUAACCGUACUGCAAGCGAUUCGUGAUGACAUUCUUAAAGCUAUGAAACGGGGAGAAGUGACAAUGAUGGUUUUAGCUGACUUUUCCAAAGCCUUUGACACUGUUCGUUUCGGAAAACUUAUCACAAAGAUGUACCAACUAGGAUUGUCAAAAAAUUUCCUUACCCUGAUGCUUAAUUACGUAUCAGAUAGAAAGCAAUUCGUUUAA